AUUUUUGUUUUUGUUUUUUAUGCUUGUUGAUACUGUUUUGAGCAGAAUGGAUGAAAUGGAGAAAAAGGCAGUGCUCCGGGAGUGGUUCGACCGAGUUGACUCGGAGAAAACUGGAAGCAUAACAGCGCCCCAACUCAAGACGGCCCUGGCCGUGGGCAACCUCGAGUUUCCGCUCUCAGUUGUUCAGCAGAUGAUCAGGAUGUGCGACUUUGAUAGGAAUGGUACCAUGAGCUUUCAAGAAUUUGUUGCUCUCAACACCUUCCUUCUUAAGGUUCAGCAUGCAUUUUCUGAUCUAGAGAGGGGUCGUGGUUUUCUUGUACCUGAUGAUGUAUUUGAGGCUUUGGUAAAAAUUGGUUUCAUGCUGGAUUCUCCUGCUUUCUACUCUGUCUGUGAGAGCUUUGAUCAAAGUAAAAAUGGGAGGCUUCGGCUGGACGACUUCAUAUCGCUCUGUAUAUUCUUACAAUCAGCUCGGAAUCUGUUUAAUUCAUUUGACGCAGCGAAACAAGGCCGAGUUACACUUGAUCUGAAUCAGUUUGUCUAUUGCACUGCCAAUUGUAGAAUAUGAUUCAACUAUGUGACGGCCUGUGAAGAUGAUCUACAAAUACUGCACUUUGUAAAACACCUCAAACUCAUAGUUUAGAGGUGAUGAUCAGCUAGGAGACUAAUUUCCCUUUGUCUGUAAAAUGCUAUAUAGCUUGUAGUUUUUGUCAGAAACAAGCAGUUUUCUUUCUCUAAUCCUCAUGCAAUGCAUGAGAUGUAUUCAUGCAAACUUUGUGGCUGUGCUUAGUUAUAAAUGAUUAUGAUAAAACAUGAAAAUCUUAAAGAUA